GCACUUCAUGCCAACUUAUAGAAAAUGGACAUUAAGAACUCUGGCUACUUGCGGAUACUAUGGACUUAGUCUCUUAGCAGAAAUGUACUGUGUAUGUUUUUAUCAUUUCGCGAGGAACCAUGUAACGUGUGAGGAUGUGUCAGGAGUGUGUUAAGGAAGAGUACCCGGAUCGGGGCACGAUCUGUCUGGACACAGGAGCGUACUUAGCAAACCUACAAGGCUGUCAUGUUUGUGGUGUUAAAGACUCCCUCAACACUGCGAACCGGUCCAUAUUCGACUCACAGACUUCUCCGCAAGAAGUCAUUGAGUAUGACCAUGUAUGCGGAAACUGCAGCCAUGUGAUUGCUUCUCACACGCACCGGUUCUGGGUAGAAGAGGACUUCCAGUACUAUGAGAUGAGCUGCAUGCUCUGUGGUGAGGCUGAUGACACACGCUCCUGUCUCCCUGACGACCCACGCAUGGAAGCCAUCUUGUUCUGAGGACCUAAAACACCAAGGAACUUUACUUUUUCUUUACCAUAGUGAAGCAUGUGAGACUGUGAAUCCUGGCAUACAAGAAGGGAGGAAAUGGUUUGGGUGUUGUUGACUUUCUUGCCUGUGGAGAACCUGUAUUCAUAAGAAGCACUUAGAUGUGCAUGUAGGAUCUCUCUUCAUAAAUAUCUGUUGAAACCUGAUUUGCAUUUUUGUUGUUAUUUUUAUUUGUAUUCUGUAUGAACUUGCUCUUUUAAGGAGUAAAUAUAUAUUUUUUUCUAUUAAACUGUUUAUGAAUGUUAAA